CAGUGUAAUAGCUGCUCACGGGCCGAUGGAGGGAUGUAACUUCGAAUGUUGAUGGAUACGUUGUGGGCGUUGUCGAUGGUGCUCGCAGCAUGCACUUUCCUGUGGAGGCCGGCACAGCAACAAGGAAUUUUCGUGACAUCUGGAGGCCUAAACCAACGGCAGUCAUCACAUGGAAGUGCAGUGACCUUUGUUCGACCUGGAGCAGCCAGAAGACGAAGACCGGAAAACGUUUCAGGACUACAGAAUGUCAGUCGGACGACUAACCCUGAAAGAGAGAAGCGCUUUUUGCCGCUAUUCUCAGUGCUCCAGUUCCAGAACCAGGAAUGUGUAUCAUCAACAGGAAAUAUUGGAACAUGCCUGACAGUAUCAGAAUGUGAACAGCGAGGUGGAAUUGUCAAUGGCACUUGUGCUGGGGGCUAUGGUGUCUGUUGUGAAUUUUAUGCUACUUGUGGACAAACUGUGAGAGAAAACAACACAUAUUUCAUUAGUGCCAACUAUCCUCAACCUUAUGGUGGAACAGGAGCAUGCCGGUUGCUUGUCAGCAAGCUGCGCUCUGAUGUCUGUCAGUACAGGCUUGAUUUUGAUGAGUUCAGAAUAGCUGGUCCUGAGCCUGUAAACAACACCUGCAUUUAUGACCAGUUUCUUGUUACUGGAGGGAGUCCUAUAAAUGAGAUAUGUGGAAUCAACAAAGGCAACCACAUGUAUGUUGAUGCCAAUGAGGGCCAAAUUAGUCCAAUUGCCUUAACAUUUGUAACCAGUGGCCCCACAUUUUCAAGAAGCUGGAAAGUGAGAGUCAGCCAAAUAGUCUGCUCAUCACCGCUUAGAGCUGAAUCAGGAUGUCUUCAGUAUUUUACUGGAGUGACAGGACAAGUUAAAUCAUUCAAUUAUGAUCCAGAAGUUGGCCUACAGUUAUCUAACCAGGACUACAGCAUCUGCAUUCGACCUGAGAGAAAUUUCUGUGGUAUACAAUAUGCAACAUGUCCAGAUACAGUAAACAAUAGGACUCAUGCUUUCACACUAACCGACAACACAUUAAGUCCAACUGCAAAUAUACCAGCACGUGUUGCUAGUGCAGGGCCUUAUGCAUGUACAACGGACUGGCUUAAUAUACCAUGUGCAGUAAAUGCUGGACGUAGAUAUCCAGCUCAAUGUGUUGAUCGUAUCUGUGGAGGAACGUUCAGUGCAGAAGUUGGGCAGCAGACAGCUUUUGUCUACAGUAGGACAAGACCGUUCCGGCUGGCUUUUCAUACUGACAGCUCUGAAGCUCCAAAUGAUGUUGGGAACAGAGGUUUCUGCCUCAACUACAUUCAACAGCCUUGCUCUGCCUUAAAUGGGUGAUUUAUUUUGUAGGCACCA